AUGGAAACAGAACCUGGGGCCAAUGGAACAGCCGUUACUGAAUUCAUCCUGCUGGGCUUGGUGGACACACCGGAGUUGCUACCACUUGUCUUUGUGCUCUUCCUCUUUGCCUACCUGCUCACAGUUGGGGGCAACCUCAGCAUCCUGGCUGCCAUCUUGGUGGAGCCCAAACUCCACACUCCCAUGUACUUCUUCCUGGGGAACCUAUCAGUGCUGGACGUUGGGUGCAUCACAGUGAUCAAUCCCUUCCACUGUGACCUGCCACAGCUCUUCCAGCUCUCUUGCUCCAGCACCCAACUCAAUGAGCUGCUGCUUUUUGGUCUGGGUAUCCUCAUGGCAGGUGCACCUGUGGUUCUUAUUGUCACCUCCUACAUCCAUGUGGCAGCUGCAGUGCUACGGAUCCGCUCAGUGGAGGGCAGGAAGAAGGCCUUCUCCACAUGUGGCUCCCACCUCACUGUGGUUGGCAUCUUCUACGGGACAGGCAUCUUCAGCUACAUGCGUCUGGGUUCAGUGGAGGCUUCAGACAAGGACAAGGGGAUUGGCAUCCUCAACACUGUCAUCAGCCCUAUGCUGAACCCACUCAUCUACAGCCUCCGGAACCCUGAUGUACAGGGUGCCCUGCGUAAAGUGCUCAUGGGGAAGCGAGCCCCUGCAUGA